AGAUGGUAUAUUUUGAAAUUCGACUUCUGGUCACGCGAAUUGCGUCGUUAUUGUUAUCAAACGACAAUAACAAACAAAAAUAAAUAACAAUGUUUAACUACUUUCAACUGCAGGAUGAGUUAUUGCAAAACGAAAAUAACAACUGCAACAGCAGUAGACAACUGGAUCAUCGAAAGCAGCGUUGCAGAUUUAUAAUCGCCUGUGUGUUGCUCAUUUGCUUUAUCAUGUUUCCUCUUUGUUUACUCACGAUUAAUCAGCAGCGACGCCAGCAUCAACAAAGCGAACAACAACAGCAAGAACAACGCCUGGUUUGUUAUUACUCCGCUUCUGAUCGCAUCCAGCUAAAUCUGCUCGAUGUGCCCGGCGAUCUCUGCACACACAUCAACAUUGGCGCUGCCGAGCUCAACAAUUGCACAGUGACUUUGUCGCCACGUUUGGAGCAAGUGCUUCAAAAUGAGACGCAUCUCUAUAAGGCUGCUAACCCGCAUGUGAAGCUGCUGCUGUGGAUUGGCGGUGCUGAUAGCGGACAUCAGUUUGCCGAGAUGGUGGUGAACCAUACACAACGCAAGCAAUUUCUACGCUCCCUCAAGGCGAUCAUGCAAAAGUAUCGCAGCCUCGAUGGCAUCGAUUUGGACUGGGAAUUCCCCAGUGCGUAUGCCAAUGAACGCAUGCACUUCAGCCAGCUGCUGCACGAGAUACGCAUGGAGUGGACACGUGAGAAGCGCGAUGAUAAUCUGCUGAGCAUGGCAGUGGCAGCGCCUGAGGGGAUCGCCUUCUAUGCCUACAACAUCCGGGAGAUUAAUCUCUAUGUGGACUAUGUGAAUCUGAUGACCUACGAUUUUCAUUUCUAUCGCGAGGAUACGCCAUUCACUGGACUGAAUGCACCACUCGCUGCACGCCCCCAGGAGAAGUCCAUCAUGGGCACCUUCAACAUCAACUACACGGCCCAUUGGUGGCUCCAAAAUGGUCUCGAGCCGCAUCGUCUAGUCAUUGGGCUGCCCACCUACGGACACUCCUUCACUUUGGUGAAUCCGUUCAACACUCGCAUCGGUGCUCCAGCAUCGGGUUAUGGCAAAUGUGGUCAGCUGGGCUUCACCACGCUUUCGGAGACGUGCGCCUGUGCCGAUGGCUACUUGAAGCCCAUCUACACCUUCGACAACGACACCUGCUCGCCUUAUUUGAGCUCAUUGGGUGAAUGGAUCUCGUAUGAGAGCAAGUCGAGCUUCGUGUGUAAAGUCAACUUUAUCAAGUCACUUAAGGUGGGCGGUCUGAUGAUCUUCUCGCUCAACUCGGACGAUGUGAGCAACACCUGUGGCUACAACCCAAAGAGCAGUGGCAAACCUGUCUUUCCUCUGAUCGAAGCAGCCAAAGAAAUUCUCAUGGCCGAGAAACUGGAGCAACAGAAGCGGGAAGCAUCUUGGGAAUUGGAAUGGGUGCCAUAACAGUAAUUACCUCCAAAUGAAAGAAAGUAUUUUACCUACAAAUUUUACCCUAUUUAGUAAGCGUGUUUAGUAGCAUAAUGUUAGACCAAAUGAAAUGGGCUGUAUUAAAGAAAUGUAAGACUUA